AUGGAGCAAAACUCAAUAGUUCCAUAUUAUAGUGGAAAGAACUAUCCUGAGUACGGUCAAUUAACUAACUAUUACCCAAAUAAUACAAAUAAUAAUGGAAAUGAUUCAAAAUCUGCUCCGUAUGAAAUUCCUGGGUGCCCAGUUUUUAGUGUUUUUAUAGCUACAGUUGUUGGGAUUUUAUGGCUCUUCUUUGCACUAACAUUACCAGCAUACCAUUAUGCUAGAGUAGUCUUUCCAAUUGAUAAUUAUAUAGACUUAAACUUUGGGCUUUGGACAGUACAUGUUUCUUCAAACUGUGAUUCAUUUAUUAGCUUUGAUGCAAAUAAGAAGAUAUGCAGAUUUAUAGUUUCCAGAAUGGAUAAUUUAAGUAUUUCAGAUGCUACAAACUUUAUUUGUAGUCUUGAAGCUGGCACAUUACAACUUUUAAAUCUUGGAUGUAAUAAAUUCCAUUUAUUGAGAAUUGGUUCAUCAGUUAUUAUGACAAUGUUUAUUUUGUCAAUUAUUUUGUUAUUCUUUGCAGCAAUUUUCUUAUUAACAUUCUGGUUUUGUUACCGUACAAGACGUGUCAGACAGAGUAUAUUUAUGCUUCAUUUUAUCUCAGCUUUGACAUGUGUUCUUGGUAUAGUUGGGUAUCUUCUUGUUGGUGGUCUUACUGUACAACCAUUUAGAGAUUCUUCUAUGUUUGGAAUAGGUAGUAGCAUGUUUGCAAGACUUUUCUUUGUUGAUAUCUCAAGAACUUUUGAUUUAUCAACAGGUUUUGCUUUUGCUGCUUUUGGUAUGAUUUGGAUUGUUUUAUUGCCCUUAUGGUCAGUUUGUGCAAUACCAUCUGAAAUUUGUUCGGAUGCUAUUGAAGUAAUGGAAGAUUCAUCUUUUGAAGAAGAAGAGUUAAAGAAACUUUUGGGUUAUUCGGAACUUUUUGGGCAAAAUUAUGGGAAUAAUGUUGCUUUUGAUAACUCUGCUUAUUAUUAUCAAGCUAAUCAGAAUCAAAAUAAUUGUAAUCAUUAUCCACAAUAUUACCAAAACCAACAUAACCCAUAUGGACAGCAUUAUCCUUACUAUACUCAACAAUAUAGAGGCUACUAG